AUGGCGCGUGGUUACAGUUACGGUUACGGUUACAGCCACCUACAGGCCGCCGCAGCCGCCGCGCUGGUGGUCGGCUGGGCGCUGGCCGUCGCAUCGCCGGCCGGGGCGUUCGCGCCGUCCGCCUGGAGCAAGGGCAGCGCCACGUUCUAUGGCGGCAGCGACGCGUCCGGCACCAUGGGCGGCGCGUGCGGGUACGGGAACCUGUACGCGCAGGGGUACGGGACGCGGACGGCGGCGCUAAGCACGUCGCUGUUCAACGACGGCGCGUCGUGCGGGCAGUGCUACAGGCUGGUCUGCGACGCUGCCACGGACCCGCGGUGGUGCCGCCGUGGCCGCGGCGCCUCCGUGACCGUGACGGCGACCAACUUCUGCCCGCCCAACUACGCGCAGCCGUCGGACGACGGCGGGUGGUGCAACCCGCCGCGGCAGCACUUCGACAUGGCGCAACCGGCGUGGGAGCGGAUCGGUGUCUACCAGGGCGGGAUCGUGCCCGUGCUGUUCCGCCGCGUGUCCUGCAGGCGCCGCGGCGGGGUGCGGUUCACGGUCAGCGGCCGGGACUACUUCGAGCUGGUGCUGGUCACCAACGUGGCGGGCGCCGGCGCCGUGCGGGCCAUGGACGUCAGGGGCACCCGAACCGCCGGCUGGAUGCCCAUGUCCAGGAACUGGGGCGCCAACUGGCAGUCCCUGGCGUACCUCAACGGGAAGGGGCUCUCGUUCCGGGUCACCGCCGAUGAUGGGCAGACCGUCGUGUUCGCCGACGUCGUGCCGGCGUCGUGGACGUUCGGGCAGACGUACGCGAGCAGGCUGCAGUUCAACUAG